AUGGCGUCAGUGAUCUCUGUUGGUGAUGAAAGUCUUCGCCUUUGCGUCUUUGAUUUGAGGAGAGGCCAAACCGAAGGUCAAGAGCUUGACAAGAUUCUCUUCUUUCAUCCUCCUGAGCUUGACGUCUCCACGCAGCUAUCAGUUAUUGGACUCAGUGAAGGAGCUAUAUGGAGGAUUGAUGCAUUGAGGAGAGUGCUUAAGGAAGUACACUCACUCUUUGUGAUGUUUCACGGGUCAGUUAGAGCAUUACUCGAGAAAGAACCAACAGGAGGGCUUACUCGAGCACAGUUGUAUCCCUUCAUUGCAGAUUAUUUAAGCACAUUUCAAAAGCGGUCUCGCUCGGAAGACUGCUGCUGUGAUCUUUUUGUUGGGAAGAAACUUCAGCUACCAAAUUUCCGUGAAACUACUUUGAGUGAGCGUGGAACCGUUCAAAUGCUUACUUUAGCUAGGGACACUGCACUUGAAGUUCAGUCUCUUGUUCAAGUACUAGAUUCAUGUGCUGGGAACUUACGAUGCCACUCUAUGAUCUUAUUUCAAGAUCUGUUGGUUUCAACAACUCUCUCAGCUGAUGAUACCGUCAACUUGUUUACAUUUACUGUAAUGAGGUUGACCUCAAAAGCUCUAUCCUCUGACGCGAGUUCCUGGUCUUAUCUACGAAAGGGGAGUGGCUCAUCCGAAGUCUCUUCUAGAUCUACUUCGGCGCCCGUUGGUUCAGUUGACUCGCUACAUUCAGGAAAUGGUGAUAACAUGCUUCAUGUUAUAAGGCCACUACAACAUGAUAAGUGGAAAAAAGGGAAAGAUGGUUUUCUUGUAACUGAUAUUUGGGGUUUAGAGACUGGUGGUUCACCUGAUUCUGCUAUCCCUACAGUCUGGCUUCAACAGACACAAGAAAGAGUGUAUCUCCUCGCUUAUCAAUAUAAAAGUCUCACCUUACUUCUUCUCUUGCCUACAACUGCCAUUCUAAAUGGAGAUUUAAGCAUCUCAGCCGUAAAACAGCAAGUUAUUGAACAGGCAUCGCUGAGAAUAAUGAAAAUUGAAGAGAAAAUUUCAAGGGGGUGGGGAGGUGAGAAUGCUUAUCAUGUUAAGGGUUACCGUUACUUGGUAGUUGAUAAUGACAUGGAAAUUUCCAGAGCUUCUCCUUCAGGGAAAGUAGCAACACUUGCAAAGGAGUCUCUACUUGCACUAAACAAGCUCAGAGAAGAAGUAGAUUUAGAAAAGAGCCGUGCACAAAAGAAGGAGAAAGACUUGGAAAUAUGCAUAAGAGCUAAGAACAAUGCGUGGGUGAUCGCCCGUGUGAGCAGAGGUAAAGAGCUCUACAUGGCUUUGGAGAAAGCCAGUGACACUCUUCUUGAUGCCACAGAUGCUGUUGGAAGAUUCAGCAACAGGUAUUGCAGCGGAGCGUUUUUGAUGGACUAAGAUUAGUCUUGUUUCUUCUGCUUAUGGAAAGAGGUUUCAAGUACAAAAACCUCUGCUUAGCCAUUAAUUUUGUUGUGGGGAAAUUCUAAAAGAGAAAACGAUUGUUCUUGGUUGGUCUGUAUAUUUGUUAGAAUAAUUCCACGUUCAAUCAAUGCAAAAGAAAUCGUUCACUCUCGUGGGCCAUAUUUGUAGAGAUGCCUAAAUUUACUAUUGCAAGAACCGGCUUGUUAAAAGCUUUCUUGAAAAAGAUUAGGCACUGUUUAUA